AUGGCUCAAUCAGCAAACGAUGACCAAAAUCUUGCCGGCCCAUCUACUCCUCCUGCCGCCCAGCCUCCUGUCAACAAAGGACAACAAGCUUGGCGUAGACCAGCUGCCAUUGCAUUAGGUUCCUUGGGUAUUUGGCCUGCUCGCACAGAGUCCAAGUACAUUUAUUUUUCCAUUGGCAUUCCUUUGGGAGCCGAUAAUGACGAUCUGGGAUACGGGCAAGUCCAUUGCUAUAAGCGAGAAACGUUCCGAAGAGAGCCAACACCCGUCUUGGAACUAAGAGUGAGAUUUCCCAUUGGAAGAUUCACCGGAAAUCCCCUCGACGAAAUGCCUGAGAGACUUCAGGGUCAAUUUCCCAACGACGACUUUCGUGCACUCGAGAUCUCGUUACACGAUGGAGUCUUUGUGGAAGUUGAUGGCUUUGGACUCCCGUUUCAUAACCCGGGACAUGAUGCCGACGACUGGAUCAACAAAGGCUCAGUGGUUGCCGACUCCAUGACCUUUGUUGACAUUCUGCGACAGCGAAAAUGGCACAUCAUUAUCAAGCAGCCAUAUAAAUACUUUGGGCGGCUGUGGGAGGAGACUAUGGUGCCCGCCCCUUUCACUUUCCGCUACGGCAAUGAGCACUGGUUUGACCUCGCUCGCUAUGAGACCCAGUUCAAGGACGCAGCAGUCCAAGGUCCUCAGUUCCUUCUGAGCGUCAAUUUUCCAGACGUUUCUUCUAUGCAGGCUGUUGUCACACAGUCAGCCGUCCAACACCAUCUAAUGAUCGCUAUAGAGGUGGCAAAGAUAUUCGCCAAGAAGCUCCCGGUUUUCUUCAUCCCAUCUCGGCAGAAUUUAUAUUUUGCCAUCGUUUUAAUGGAGGGACCGUACUGCCAAACCACCGAGAAGAUAUGGAGUGAGAUAACCAAGCAAAGCUUCUUUAGACUCGCAUUGCAUGAGGACAAGUCGCCUAUGGACACUCCCAAUCUGACGGAGCACAAGCAAUGGCACAAACAGGCAGCGUUUAUCUGUGACGCUAGAAUUGUGGACAAGACAGAGGCCAAGUUCAUACCUGAGCUCAAGGACUAUCCGUUGACGAGUUUGGACCUCGUUCUUCUCGUUCAACGGCCCGAAGAUUUCAAGGUCUCAAAAGGCGUCCAAAAGUCAAUUGGGGAUGGACUGGCAUGGCUGAGAAUAAAGACUUUCCCGACAGAUCUUGAGUCUUGGAACACGGUCUCUCUUCUCUUUGAUCCCCAGCUGGACGAUCUAGAACGCAAGAUCAAGGCCGUUACCCAAUAUUCUUUGUCGCCUGUCACUUUGUUGCCUGAGAAUGGUCCCAAGAUGAUUACGCAUACAGUCUUUCAGCUUGGAAGAGGAUUCCUAAACAGGUUGAAUAGGGCAGGCACAUGGGAUCUUCCGAUGAUUAAUAUCCUUGAUUUGGAUAGCAGGCUGCUUGACUGCCUCAUGGAAGAGAUUUUAGAAGAGGACCGUGGCCGUUUUCGGCAUUAUAUGGGCCACUUGUCUGUCGGGGCUCCUGGAUCUGGCAAGACUACCACUCUCGGCGUCGCGACAUUGGGCAUGGCUCAUACUUUAGGAAAAGUCUUCGUUUCGGCUCCUACUCUUGCUACGGUCGACAGCUUUUCCAGGCGACUCGAUAUCCUGGACCGGAGGGUUGUUGCGCGUCACAAUAAGAGUUUGACGAAAAAUGGCUCUCAUAUGCCCAUUCGCCGAAAGCUUGUCGUCAGAGGCCUCUCUAUGAAGGAUGAGAUUGAGGCUCUUCACAGCCUCCUCCAGCGAUCCGCAGACAAUGGUGAAGCUUCCGAGGCAGCUUUCCAGGACAUGACCAACGGGCUAUCUUAUCUAUCAGCGGCCUAUUGGCUGUUGAAGGUGCUUGGAUCUCCUGCUGUACCGUCAUGCCGAGGACAGCAAACUGUCGGCGCUUGCGUUUUACAAGGCCAAUUCAUGGCCAGUCUAUCGUUUGCACAACCAAGUCCGCCUGAAAGUGACUGCGAGCGAUGGGAGGAAGCUCACCGCAAUGGCGUCAAGCUAGAAGCUUUCCUCAAGCAGCGCUUCCCCAAUCUCCCAUCCCCGGCCGAGAAUACAAUGGAGCCCGUCUUUGUGCAUUGCACAAAUAGCCAGUCUAAUUGCGACUCCGCCACUGGCUCCAUGUCAAAUCUUGGACAGUGUGAGGUCGCUCUGCAGCUGUUGGUUGACCUUGUCAACGACGCCAAGAUCGACCCAGCCCAACUUGGUGUCAUUACCCCCUACAAGGCCAAUGUCGGCAUCAUGGAGAGAUGGAUUCAAGAGAAGCCAGAGUUUUCUGUGCUACGAUGUGUGGCGCCCGCGACAGCUGAGUCUUACCAAGGCCGAGAGGCAGAUAUUGUGUGUGUUGUGAUGGGCACCACCAGGUACUCCGGACCGGGCCUCACUCGUGAUGAAGACUGUCUCAAGUCCAUGUUAUCGCGGCAUAGAUCGGGCUUAAUCAUCGUGGGGGACUUUAAGCUAGCAGGCUUUGAUGUGAAAAAGACGAAAUGGUGGUUAACUGGCAAGCGCAAGGGCAAAAGCAAGGGCAAAAGCAAGGGCAAGGACGAAGGCCAACCAGACUUUGGAAGCAAGAUGAAAUAUCUCAAAGGUGGCGAAGCUCAGUCCGUCAAAGCCGAAACCCUACGAAGAGUCUACUGGUGGUUCCAGUCAAGGGGUCGAAAGGUCGAGAUAGCCGUGCCCGAAGAGGGAGGCUACAACGAAGCGUGCGAUGAGGACCAAGAUGCGAAAUCCGAUAGUUAG